AUGAAGGACCUGCUACUCCAAAUUCAUGUGCUACUUGGCCUAGCUAUCACUACCCUAGUACAAGCUGUAGAUAAAAAAGCAGAUUGCCCACAGUUAUGUACAUGUGAAAUCCGGCCCUGGUUUACACCUCGAUCCAUUUAUAUGGAGGCAUCUACAGUGGAUUGUAAUGAUUUAGGUCUUUCAAAUUUCCCAGCCAGACUGCCUGCUGACACACAGAUUCUGCUACUACAGACUAACAAUAUUGCAAAAAUUGAAUACUCCAUAGACUUUCCAGUAAACCUUACUGGCCUGGACUUAUCUCAAAACAAUUUAUCUUCAGUCACCAACAUUAAUGUAAAAAAGAUGCCUCAGCUUCUUUCUGUAUACCUAGAAGAAAACAAACUUACUGAGCUGCCUGAAAAAUGUCUGUCUGGACUAAGCAACUUACAAGAACUCUAUAUUAAUCACAACUUGCUUUCUGCAAUUUCACCAGGAGCCUUUAUUGGCCUACAUAAUCUUCUUCGACUUCAUCUCAAUUCAAACAGAUUGCAGAUGAUCAACAGUAAGUGGUUUGAGGCUCUUCCCAAUCUGGAGAUUCUGAUGAUUGGGGAAAAUCCAAUCAUCAGAAUCAAAGAUAUGAACUUUAAGCCUCUUAUCAAUCUUCGAAGCCUGGUUAUAGCUGGUAUAAACCUCACAGAAAUACCAGAUAACGCCUUGGUUGGACUUGAAAACUUAGAAAGCAUCUCUUUUUAUGACAACAGGCUUAUUAAAGUGCCCAAUGUUGCUCUUCAAAAAGCAGUAAACCUCAAAUUUUUGGAUCUAAAUAAAAAUCCCAUUAACAGAAUACAGAGGGGAGAUUUUAGCAAUAUGCUACACUUAAAAGAGUUGGGAAUAAACAAUAUGCCUGAGCUGAUUUCCAUCGACAGUCUUGCUGUGGAUAACUUACCAGAUUUAAGAAAAAUAGAAGCUACUAACAACCCCAGGUUGUCUUACAUUCACCCAAAUGCAUUUUUCCGGCUGCCCAAGCUGGAAUCACUUAUGCUUAACAGCAAUGCCCUUAGUGCCCUGUACCAGGGUACAGUGGAAUCUCUGCCAAACCUCAAGGAAAUCAGCAUACACAGCAAUCCUAUCAGGUGUGACUGCGUCAUCCGUUGGAUUAAUAUGAACAAAACCAACAUUCGAUUUAUGGAGCCAGAGUCACUGUUUUGUGUGGACCCGCCCGAAUUCCAAGGCCAGAAUGUGCGGCAGGUGCAUUUUAGGGAAAUGAUGGAAAUCUGUCUCCCUCUUAUAGCUCCUGAGAGUUUUCCUUCCAACCUGGAUUUAGAAGCUGGGAGUUAUGUUUCCUUACACUGUAGAGCUACUGCAGAGCCACAGCCUGAAAUCUACUGGAUAACACCUUCUGGUAAAAAACUCUUGCCUAAUACUCUAACAAAUAAGUUCUAUGUCCAUUCUGAAGGCACACUUGACAUAAGUGGCAUCACCCCAGCAGAAGGGGGUUUGUAUACCUGCAUAGCAACUAACCUGGUGGGUGCUGACUUAAAGUCUGUUAUGAUCAAAGUGGAUGGCUCUCUUCCCCAGGAUAACAAUGGAUCCUUGAAUAUUAAAAUAAAAGAUGUUCAGGCCAAUUCAGUUCUGGUGUCUUGGAAAGCAAGUUCUAAAAUUCUCAAAUCCAGUAUUAAGUGGACAGCCUUUGUCAAGGCUGAGAAUUCCCAUGCUGCCCAAAGUGCACGAAUACCAUCUGAUGUCAAGGUGUAUAAUCUUACUCAUCUGAACCCAGCAACUGAGUAUAAGAUUUGUAUUGAUAUCCCCACCAUCUAUCAAAAAAGCAGAAAACAAUGUGUAAAUGUCACCACAAAAGGUUUGGACCCUGAUCAAAAAAAGUAUGAAAAGAAUAACACCACAACAUUUAUGGCUUGCCUUGGAGGCUCUCUGGGGAUUAUUGGUGUGAUCUGUCUUUUCAGCUUCCUCUCUCAAGAAGUCAACUGUGAUGGUGGACAUAACUAUGUAAGGAAUUACUUACAGAAACCAACCUUUGCGUUCAGUGAGCUUUACCCUCCUCUGAUCAACCUCUGGGAAACAGGCAAAGAAAAAGGUGCAGCACUGGAAGUAAAAGCAACUGUUAUAGGUGUGCCAACUAACAUGUCCUAA